CAUAGUUUUUCAUGGCAAAAAUUUGUAUUGGAAAAUUGUAAUCAUUAAAAAUUGCGUUAAAGCAUAAGCCAAAAUGAAUGAAGGGAGUGAAUACUCCAUUCACACUAUAUGUCGCAUCUGCUUGGACCAUUUGAGCAACGAUCCAGCUUACGACUUGUUUCUCGUUCCGGGACUGGCCAAAAAGUUGUGUGUGUGCACCUCACUCUCGGUGGAGCAAAAUGAUGGAUUCCCGAAAAACCUAUGCAGCAACUGUUUCACAAAACUUACUGAAUUGCACCAUUUUCAGAAGAUGUGCGUGGACUCCGUGCAGAAAUUCCACGAAAUGGUUGCCAGCAAUUAUUUUGUCUGCAACACUUCCCACAUUAAUCCCCUCAACACUUUUGACGAGCUGAAUGUUGCGACACAUGAUCCGGACAUGGGCGGAGAGGAGGAAGACCGCAGCAAUUUUGAUCCAUUGCUAAAUACGAAAUUGGAAGUCAUAGAGAAUGAAGACGAUGUAUUUAAAAUGAUUGAAAAUGUUGACAAGGAUGUGGAGGAUGAGGAUAAAAGCUCAUAUGUUGAAAGCGACAAUGGCAACGACAAUGACAAUGAUAAUUAUGAUGACGAUGUGGAUUUGGAAGCAAACAGCAGUGAAUCCGACGAAGGCAUGCCCCUCUCACGCUUACGCAGCAACGCAAAAGGCACAGCGAAGCAAAAGUCCAAAAAGAGUGCUCCUAUGGAGGAAGCUGAAGACUCCUCCAGCUCAGAGUCCUCAGAUGACGACGAUGAUGAUGAUGAUGAUGAUGAUGAAAAUGACGAUAAGCCAAAACGCAAACGCAUUCCCGUAUCUGAACGCCACCGGCAUACAUUAAUUGAUUGUCACAUUUGCCACCAGAAAUUCAAGAAGGCUAUACGCUAUGAUGAGCAUAUGAAGCACCAUAACGAUUUACUACCAUUCCAGUGCAAAGUGGAGUCCUGCAAAAAGGGCUUCACAACUGCUGGUGGGCUGCGCCUUCAUGUGGAUCAUGCGCAUUCGGAGCUGUCUGAGGUGCAUCCUUGCACUUUUGAGGGUUGCGGCAAGACCUUCCCCCGUUCUGUAUUGCUCACCUUCCAUAUGAAGAAGGUGCACAAAGUAGCCAAAACCGACACUAAAAGACAUCCCUGCACAGAAUGCGAGAAGGUGUUUCGCUGUCCCACUGCACUCAAGAAGCACAUGUAUAAACACACAGGAGAGGAGCUGCCAUUUGCCUGUGAAAUCUGUGGCAAACGGUUUCAUAUCAACAGUGUGCUAAGAGAUCAUCUACUGCGCCAUGCAGGCGUUAAGAAUCACGUUUGCCCCUAUUGCGGAGUUGGCAAGACUACUCGCCAGGAGUGGAACAAGCACAUUCUGACGCACACUAAGGAGAAGCAGUUCCAGUGCCGUCAAUGCGAUCAUGCCUCACACAACAAACAGGCGCUAGCGAACCAUGUCAAAGUGGUGCACAUGAAGAUCAAGAAUUUCGCCUGCCAGUACUGCGGCAAGACCUUUGGCAAGUCCCACGCUUGCAAGAUCCACGAGAGACUUCACACAGGCGAGAACUGUUGCGAGUGCAAGAUCUGUGGCAAGAUAUUUCUUUUCGAAAAGCGCCUUACCAAGCAUCUGCAAACGCACGAGAAACGCGACAUAGCGCCAGCUGAGACGAUAACUAAGCCAAAGACCGAAGGUGAUGCUGCACAAGCAACUCCAAGCGGGGGUCAACAGUUAGCUGCAACGCAUGAUGUCAAACCAACACCUGUGGUGCCUCCCAAACCCAAGAAUUCGCACAGAGUGGAGCGUGUGGACAUAUCUCAGUUGGCCGGCACAGCUGUUAACCCAAUACCCUCGGUUUCAGUCCCCUCGUGGUCACCGCAAGUGAAUUUUACCAAGAAGGAGGGUCAGCACAUUUGUCCCGGUUGUGGCCGAGGUUUCAAUCACAUUGGCAACAUGAAACUCCACUACAAGAUCAUACAUGAGAAAGUUAAGGAUUUCGCGUGUCGCUACUGUCCGAAGCGUUUUGCCAAGGCACAGUAUUUGCGAAACCAUGAGUAUAUUCAUACAGGCGAGAAGCCGUUCGAGUGCAAGAUUUGUGGCAAGCAUUUCCGCCAGGAGCAGGUCUUAAAAACACAUUUAAAGGUGCACAACAAGCCGCCAAAACCACCAAAGCCGCCAAAAACAGUUAAUAAGCGUGGAGCUAAAGUAGAGCUUAAUAAACGGCAGCCAAAGAAUUAUGAGGAAUAUCUGGAUCCAGCUGCGGAACGUGCAGCCGCCACGGCGGCUCUACUAGCUCAGCAAAUGGAGGAGAACGAGAACAAACGCAAGCAAGAAGCUGAGCUUCGCAAGAUUCAAGAGGCAGCGUGUGAGCAACUAAAUCGGUUACAAAGGCAGCAACAAACCGACAAGGCAUCCUAUGACAGCUAUUAUGGGCAGAAAUCUGAUCCCGAGGGCACAAGCAUUGAUUCGCUUAAAAUAGACAACGUAUAAGAAAUUCGUUGUAAGAAUAUUUUGGAAGCAUGUACCACAGGGCUCCCCUUAAUUAAUUUUGAUUGAUUGAUUAUUAAAUAAUUAUUUACGGUAUUUUUCGUUUA